CGGAUCUCCGGGGUGCGUGCGUGCGCGAACCCGUGUGAAGUGCCAUUCAUACGUCGUCUCGGCCGGGGCUACGGCGGCGGCGGCGUCGGUUGACCGCAUCGAUACGACAGGAAUAGCUAAUCGUCACGCGACGCCGAGUGCACCGACUGCCGGACCGACCGCACCGCGACGCGUUAAGGGUCGCACGCGACCGCGGUACGACCGACUUCGAGCGCCGCAGCAGCCGGACCGAGCGAACGUGGUCGUUAUCGCGCGCGCCGGUGGCGGCGGCACUAUAGCGAUCGCCGCUGCUGCUGCCGCCGCCGCCGCCGCCGUCGACGUAGUAUUACAAAAACGUUGUAGUAGUAGUAGUAGUAGAAGUUGUAGUGGUAGUAGUAGUAGUAGUAGUAGUAGUAGUGCCGGCUGUGGUGUCGGCCGUUUCGGUUGUGCUGCUGCGGUGCUCUGGUCCCGUUUGUCGUUUCGCCGUUGUCGUCGUCGUCGACGUCACCGCCGCAGCGGCGAUAACAUCUACGUUGGCCGCAGUCGUCGGCUUCGCGCGUGCCAGAAAUCUACUUUCAUUAUAAUAUGGAGAAGACUAUACAUAAAGAAAAUAAGAAGAUAUUAAUGGAUUGAUAAUGAAGACUGUGUGCCUACGUGUCAGUUUCUACAUAAUCACCAUCAUUUUAUCGUUGUGUCAGGCGAACAACGAGCUAAUCGGUCCUACAUUUCGCCUAUUGCCACCAUUUAACGUUCAAUUUUCCAACGAUACUGGAACCAAGAUUGAUUGUACCGCGUUCGGAAAUCCUAUGCCACAAGUACAAUGGUAUCUAGAGGAUGGUACAAGGGUUAUGACUUUACCAAAUCUCAGGGUGGUGCAUCAGAAUGGAAGCUUAAUAUUUCUUAGCUUUGGUCCAAGUUCUUACAUGCACGAUGUACAUAGCGCCCAAUACAGAUGCAAAGCUAGUAAUGCAGUAGGUCAAAUAAUUAGUGGAGCCGUUCAUGUUAGUGCUGUUAUGAAUCAAAAUUAUGACGUUCAAGUUUAUUCCGAAUACGUUACUAUUGGUAAUACAGCACUGUUACGAUGUCAUGUUUCCGCGUAUGCUUCUAAUUACGUAAUGGUUACCUCAUGGACACAGGACGAAAUAACUCACUUUUAUCCAAGUGUAGAUUCUGGUGGAAAGUAUUUGGUUCUAGGAAAUGGUGAUCUAUAUAUUAGUAACGUCGACUCUAGUGAUGGAUAUAAAAGCUACACAUGUAGAACGGUUCACAAGUUAACUGGUGAAACCAAAACUAGUUCUUUUCCUGGACAUAUCACUGUGAACGAGCCUACUGGAAAUCAGCGACCAAGAGUCGUUGUGGAAACUGAUAGUAGGAAACACAUAAGAGUGGGAGAAGAUCUUAUACUGUCUUGUUUAUCCCAAGGAUUUCCGGUGCCUACUUAUCGAUGGUAUAAAGAGAAUGGAGACGUAUUGAAAGCCUUAGCACACGAUCCGCGUUUAUCGGUACCAAUAAAUGGACUGCUUAAAAUUGAAAAAAUACGACUAGAUGACGACGGAAAAUAUGUGUGUAUAUCAAACAAUAGCGUUGGUGAAGAAACAGUGCAUCAUAGCAUUUUCGUUACCGAGCCUCUCUCAGUCAACAUACUUCCACAAAAAAUAGUUGGUUCGUCGCUUUUAGAUUCUACAAAGUCUGCUCAGUUUGAAUGUACAGUGAAUGGGCAUCCAAUAAAUAGAAUAAUGUGGUAUAAAAAUGGACAACCUCUAAUGCAACUAAGUGGAAGAGUACGUGUGACAUCAUCGUUACACAAACAAGUGUUGGUGAUAUCUCCUUUGAGUAAAGAUGAUCAAGGGAUGUACCAGUGUUUUGGAACUAACGAUUGGGAUAUGGCUCAUGAUAACACUCAAUUACUUCUCGGUGAUAUUGGACCUGAACUUGUAUAUUGGUUCACCGAGCAAACUUUACAACCCGGACCGUCUUUAUCUUUAAAAUGCGUGGCAUCGGGAAAUCCUUUACCACAAUUCACGUGGACUUUAGAUGGAUUUCCUAUACCCGAAUCGAAUAGAAUUUUGGUGGGCCAGUACGUGACAGCUCACGAUGAUGUCAUUGCUCAUGCCAACAUAACUUCUUUAAAAGUUGAAGAUGGUGGAGAAUACACGUGUACCGCGCAGAACGAAAUUGCUAAAGUUUCACAUUCUUCUAGAAUAAAUGUUUAUGGUGUACCAUUCGUUAGAGAAAUGCCAAGUAUUCAUGUAGUUGCAGGAAAACAACUUGUUGUUAAAUGUCCUGUAGCGGGUUAUCCGAUUGAAUCUAUUACUUGGGAGCGAGAUGGAUUUAUAUUACCGGUUAAUCUUCGUCAAAAAGUCUAUAGCAAUGGAACUCUAACAAUCGAACAAGUUCAACGACAAACAGAUGCUGGAACUUAUACGUGCCAAGCGAAAAAUCACCAUGGUCAUUCGUCGAGGAGAGAUGUAGACAUUCAAGUUUUAAUUCGGCCGAAAAUUUUACCAAUUCCUCCUAUGACUAACCUUUUAGCCGAAGGCAUGCGUGCGGCGAUUUCGUGUCAAAUCGUAGAAGGCGAUCUUCCAGUAAUGUUCACUUGGACAAAAUACAGCGAUGGUGUAAAUCACGGUUUAGGCCUCGGAACAAUAACACGAAAUCACGAUGAGUAUUCUUCAUCAUUAAUUAUUGAACGAAUUACAGCUGAACACGCAGGAAAUUACACGUGUAUUGCAACAAAUGCAGCGGGAGAAGAAAAAUUUACUGUACCUCUAACAGUAAAUGUACCACCAAAAUGGACUGUUGAACCCGAAGACACAAAUGUUAUUAUGGGUUAUCCUUGUAUGUUACAUUGUCAAGCAGAAGGGUAUCCUUCACCGGUAAUUGUUUGGAGAAAAUCAUUUGGUGAUUCGAUUGGUGAGUAUAAGGACUUUUUAUAUGAACCAAACGUGAAUUUCUUCAGAAAUGGAACUCUGGAGUUUCUUCAUACUAGUAAGGCAAACGAAGGGAAGUAUAUGUGUGAAGCAAAAAAUGGUAUUAGUCCAGGAUUGAGCAAAGUUAUAAAUUUAAAAAUAAAUGCUCCUGUGAAAUUUAUUCAAAAGACAAAACAAAUUCAGGUAAAACUCAACAGUGAUGCUCAUAUACAGUGUAUUGCUGUUGGAGAUAAGCCAUUAAAAAUAACUUGGAAGGGACCAACUAAUUUGUCAAUAUUGAAGGAUGUAGAUCGAAGAUUUACUGUACGGGAUCAAUCAAAGGACAGCGGAAUAAUAUCUGAAAUAACAAUAUCUCCCGUUUACCGACAUGAUUCGGGUAUUUUUAAAUGCACAGGAAACAAUUACUACGGGCAAGAUGAAUAUUCCGUCGAACUUAUAGUGCAAGAGGUGCCGGAGAGUCCGAAAGACAUAAGAAUCGUGAACCAACAGAGCAGAUCGAUGGAAAUUACAUGGAAUCAACCGUACAACGGGAACAGUGUUAUACUGAAUUACAUAGUUCAAUACAAACUGGUGGCAUCGUUGUGGAUAGCAGACCCGGCAAAGGUGAUAGUUGCCGGUACGCAUACCGUUACGGUCAUUGAGGGAUUAACGCCGGCGACAUCUUAUCAUAUCCGAGUUAUAGCGGAAAACGCUAUAGGAUUAAGUGAGCCCAGUGACGAGAUGCAAGCGAUUACACAAGAAGAAGUUCCCAGCAUGGCACCUCAAAAUGUCCGAGCUGAAGCGAAAAGUAAAACGGAAAUUUUAAUAAUGUGGGAACCACCUCCAUCCGAAGCUUGUAACGGGAUUUUGAUUGGCUAUCAUGUCGGAUACCUGCCAAUUGAUGACGUUGAAAAUCAUGAAUUAUCGACUGUAGCGCAAAGCCGUUACAUUAUGAAAACUAUUAACAUAAAUUCACAAUAUGGCGAAGACGUUGUUAUUAGUGGUCUAAAACCAUAUACGACCUAUACAACUUUAGUACAAGCAUUUAAUAGUAAAGGACCGGGACCUUUUUCUAAACCUAUUUUGGUGCAAACUGAAGAAGGAGUACCCACGAUGUCACCGGAAAAACCAAAGUGUAGAUCAUUGACUUCACAGAGUAUUCACGUAUCAUGGGAUUUACCUCCACCGACGGGUCGCAAUGGUAAAAUACAGGGUUUUAAAGUAUCAUAUCAGCCAGCCGAAGACUGGUUCGAAAAAAAUGAGUUUGAAACGAAAAUUACUUCUAUUCAAUACACAACAAUUCAAGCUUUAAUGAAGUAUACCAACUAUAGCAUAUCAGUAUUAGCAUUUACGAGUAAGGGUGACGGAGUUCAAAGUGACCCUGUAUACUGCAAAACUGAAGAAGACACUCCUUCGGUACCGGCGGAUAUUAAAGCAGUAAUAAGUUCUAUUAAGACUAUAAUCGUUUCUUGGCUCCCUCCACUCCGGCCAAAUGGACAACUUACUGGAUAUAUUCUAUACAUAUCACUUUUGAGUGGACACAAAGAUUCAAAGCCAAUUAAAAAAAUACUCAGUCCAUCCGUUGAAAUUUUCGAAGCUUCCCGAAUCAUCGACAGUGCUAAAUAUCAGUUUUGGGUAAAAGCCUUAACUAAAGUCGGUGAAGGCGAAAGUACGAGAACAAUAACGGUGCUUCCAACGAUUAAGAUUUCCGCUAGGAUUGUAUCGUUCAGUCAAGUAUUGACUAUACGAUGGAAGAAAAACGUAACGUUAAGCUGUAAAAGGGUAGGUAUACCCUAUCCUCAACCAGUAUGGACAAAAGGUGGACGAUCAAUCAUCACAAGUGGGAGAUAUCAGAUAAACAAAGACGGAUCGUUGGUCAUAAACGAUAUACAACAUUCAGACAGAGGGAACUAUACGUGUGCUGUGAAGAAUAAUCAUGGAACAGAUGAAAUAUCUUACGCUAUCUAUGUCAAAGUACCACCAUCACCGCCAAAAUUAUCAGUGAGCUUAGAAGAGACUGAUAGUUUACAUCUAAAAUGGAUAGAUACAGUCGAACCGGACACUCCUAUAUCUGGUUACAUAAUAAACUAUAAACGUGAACACGGAGAUUGGGAAGAAAUCCAAAUCGAUUCAAAAGUUCAUUUUCAUGUUCUUCAGAAAUUACUUUGCGGCACAAGGUAUCAGUUAUAUAUAACUGCCUAUAAUAAAAUCGGAACGGGUCUGCCAUGUGAUAUUUUAACGUCUUACACUAAAGGCUCAGCUCCUAUACCUCCUGGAUCUCCGUCAGAAGCAAUUACAUACAACAGCUCGACAGUAAGCGCCUGGUUUGACCUAUGGGGAAAUGGAGGAUGUGAUAUACUAUACUAUACGGUUGAAUGGAAACAGGCUAAAUCGAACGAAUGGAUUUUAAGCGACGGUAAAACAGUAGUUCCUACUGAGCGUAUGUACACUGUGGGAAACCUUGAACCGGCGACAAAAUAUCAGCUGAAAGUCACUGCUCACAAUAAUAUUGGGUCGUCCUAUGCACUGUAUAACUUCACUACGCUCACUAUCGACGGAGCAACUGUUAUACCAUUUGAUAUGUAUACUGAAAUAAAAUCAGAAGAAACGUCAGUAUUUACAUCGAUUACAACUGCAAUUUCUUUGAUAAUAGCUUUAGUCGUUGUAUCGUCGAUUGCAGCAUUUACAUACUAUUAUAAAGUUAUGAAACGUUCGGACGAUGAGUCAUUUAGAGAUCAAAACCAAAGGUCCCGUGAUCAGCGGUAUUCGGUCAGAGGACAAUCGCAGCAAACUUUAAGUUAUGAUUCUGUGACAUUUAAAACAGAUUCGACUGAAUAUAUGGAUGAAAUCUGUCCGUACGCAACAUUUGAACUCGCCAAACAGCCACAAGGUGAAAGUACAUUUAGUGGUAAUGUUUAUAGUGGCCCAUAUCAUUCGGUUAGAGGAUCAUUUGUAUAUCAUCAACCCAAAGCGUCGACUUCUGAGUCAUAUAACUUUGUUCAAAGAAAAGAACCGGAGUAUACUAAAGUCCGUCAAAAAGGGAGAAAGCUUAGAGAUCCUCAUUCCGAAAGUCAAGAAUCAGAUAACUUAGGUAGUACAGAUUCUGAGGUAAAGCGGAUUCUAACACUCCACCUACCUAUUUCAGAGUAUGAUACUCAUGGUAGUGACUCUGAUCAUGUCGAAGUGAGGCGAAAUCAAUCAGCUAGCCAAGAGCUUGUUUCAUUCAGACAUCGGAUAAGCAGAGAAGCGAGUACUGAAGAUACUAGCUCUUCGUCGGAGACUUCUGUAGCAGAAGUUAGAAAAGCUCCUGCCAUGCCUGCACUUCGGAAGCCAAAAUCAAAAAGCCAAGUUUUUACGAAAAGACCACCGAAGAAUAGCAGCGGUUGUUCAAGUCAAAACGAUGAUAUUAAUUUUAGCGAACGUUUAAAUCCUCCGGCUAGAUUUUCAGACUCUAGGCCAAUGCGGCAGAAUGAGGGGAAUGAAUUUGAUCGUCGUCCAAAGAUAUCUUCUCAUCAACGAAGAUCGCCAAGAAGACUUACACAAGAGACUUCGUUUCAAAUAGAUGUCUAGUCAAUUUAGUCAUAUACGCAUAAGUUUAAUUUAUUUGUAAUUGGCUGAAACGAUUUUUAAAAUUCCUACAUUUUGUAUUCAUUAUUUUUUGUAAAACACAAAAUUAAUAUUUUUUACUUUAAUUCCCAAAGCAUUUUGUAUCUCUAAUUGAAAAAUCUGAAUUAAUGUAUGAUAUAUUUAAUCAAUAUUUUGAUCAAAACAUUUAUUGAUUACUUAAACUAUUUAUAAUUCUAUAAAUAAUUUUAUAGUUUUAGAACAGUGUAAUACCAACUUCCAUAUAAGCUGCUCAAAAUCGUUUGAAGUCCAAUACAAGUUUUUAUUGUCUGAAACAAGUGUAAAAGUUAUUGUUUGAUUUCUCGUCUAACAAGUUCAAAACUACCAUAUAAUUAACUAAAUAAUUUGAUUAAGAUAUUUAAAUUAAUUUUAUUAAUCACUAUAAU